AUGACCUUAGGGAUUACAGACGCCGCAGUGUGCAUUCUGACUCUCAUCGGCCUGCUGAGCGUCUACUACAAGCGUCGUCCUACCCAUCGUGACCCUCCAGGACCCAAGCCCUAUCCUCUCAUCGGCAACGUUCUUGACAUUCCCGAUCAACACCCUUAUCUCCAGUAUGCGCAAUGGGCUCGCGAGUACGACUCCCCGCUCAUUAAGUUACAGGUUCUAGGGACGCCGAUAUAUGUCAUCAACGAUUUAGAAACUGCAGACGAUCUUUUCGAGAAGCGGGCUAGUAUUUAUUCGAACAGGCCGCGUAUGCCUAUGCUCAACGAAGCUGUGGGCAUGGGCUGGAGCUUUGCCUUCUGCGAGGACAUGGUCCAAUGGAAAAUCAGUCGUCGCGAAUUUGUCCUGCAGUUCCGUCCAGCUAUCACUCGGGAGUACAGGCCUCAGAUUCUCACUGUCGUCCACGAGCUCCUUCGAAAGCUCGUCGUCACGCCUGACGACUACGUCAAGCAUAUUCGCCUGAUGAUGGGCACCUUGAUUAUGGACAUCGGGUAUGGGAUCAAGGUCAAAUCCGCAGACGACAAAUAUAUCAAAAUUGCAGAGAAGACGCAAGAAAGCAUGGACCCCGCCACAGACAAAAACAUCGUGGAUAUCUUUCCUUGGAUCCAACAUGUGCCAAGCUGGCUACCAGGUAUGGGAUGGAAAAAACAGAUAGAUGCCUCCAAGAUUACGGCGCUUGCAAUGUGUGACGUCCCGUACAAGCACGUCCUACAGCAAAUGAAAUCGGGUUCAGCCACACCCUCUCUGACCACCAAACUCAUCGAUCGGUUUGAGGAGAGAAGUGACAUGGACAGCGACACAAAGGAAUACUAUGUAAAGAGCAUUUCGGCGUCAUUAUAUAAUGCCGGCACGCAUACUACCAGCGCCGCCUUCGAUUUCCUCUUUUUCGUUCUCGUGGCUUUCCCCGACAUCCUUAGAAAGUCACAGGAGGAAAUUGACAGAGUAGUAGGCACCGACCGGCUUCCUGAUUUUACGGACGAGCACAAGCUGCCCUAUACAAGCGCGAUAGUCAAAGAGAUCCUCCGAUGGGGCGCUUUCGUACCUACAGGUAUACCUCACACGAACGCCGCAGAUGACGUCUAUAAAGGCUACUUCAUACCGAAAGGAUCCUUUAUCGUGCCUAACGCGUGGGCAAUGUUACACGAUGCGAAUAUCUAUCCGGAUCCUGACGAUUUCAGGCCAGAACGAUUUCUCACAACUGAGGGUAGACUCGACAACAACGUGCAGGAUCCAGAGGCGGUAUUUGGUUUUUCUCGGAGACUAUGUCCUGGCCGUUUUCUGGCAUUUGACACCAUUUUCAUGGGUACUGCCUGCAUAGUCGCAGCGUUCAACAUCGGGAAGGAAGUUGGCCCGGAUGGCAGGGAGGUUACUCCUCCACUCGAAUUUACCUCCGGACUAGUCAGGCAUCCAAAGUCUUUCAAAUGCACAAUCAAGCCUCGUUCUGAGAAAGCUCUUGCGCUGAUUCACGCUACUUCGACCAAUGAAUGA